AGUACUGUAGGUUCGGCAUUUGUUAUUAAGUUCCUUUUGCUCUAUAAAGCAACUCCAGGAUGGGCAAAGGGUGACUUUACAUAGUGUAGUGGGAUCAUGUUUGCUUAAGCUUUGGCCUUCUCAGUCCCCCAGAGCAGGGCCUUGCUGUUGCUUGCAUCACAAAGCCCUUAUUAUGAUACAAUGGUUACAAUCUCACCACUGCUGGCUUUGCGCUCUCAGUGUUGCCCUGCUUCAGAGAUGGUCCUGGAGAAGAGUGGAUAGAGAACAUGGACCACCGUUUACCCAGCAGUGGUCUUUUCUGGACACAUUCUUAAAUAGUACUUGCUGCAGAAUCGUCUUGGGUAUUCCCCUGAGCAAGCAGUAUCUCCUAUUUUUAAGGAAAUUCCCACACAUGAAUAACAAGGCUUCCAAGAGUCCACCAACAAGCCCCUGCUCUGAGAUGUCCGGAGAAGACCCAAACCCAAGCACCCCGGGGAGUCCUCGUGAUGAAAGCGAAACAGGUUUUUCUUCCCCCAAUCCCUCAGCUGCUGCUGCUGCUCAGGAGGUCAGAUCUGCCACUGAUGGUAAUACCAGCACCACUCCGCCCACCUCUGCAAAGAAGAGAAAGUUAAACAGCAGUAGCAGCAGUAACAGUAGUAACGAGAGAGAAGACUUUGAUUCCGCCUCUUCCUCUCCUCCUUUACAACCCAGGGAUUCGGCAUCCCCUUCAACCUCGUCCUUCUGCCUGGGGGUUUCAGUGGCUGCUUCCAGCCACGUACCGGCACAGAAGAAGCUGCGUUUUGACGACGGCGUGGACUUUGUAGGGUUUGAUGCGAAGAUGGCUGAGGAAUCCUCCUCCUCCUCCUCCUCCUCUUCACCAACUGCUGCAACAUCUCACCAGCAGCAACUUAAAAAUAAGAGUAUAUUAAUCUCUUCUGUGGCUUCGGUGCAUCACGCAAACGGCCUAGCCAAAUCUACCACCGCCUCUAGCUUUGCUAACAGCAAGCCUGGCUCUGCUAAGAAGUUAGUGAUCAAGAACUUUAAAGAUAAGCCUAAAUUACCAGAAAACUACACAGAUGAAACAUGGCAGAAGCUGAAAGAAGCGGUGGAAGCUAUCCAGAAUAGCACUUCGAUUAAGUACAAUUUAGAAGAACUGUAUCAGGCUGUAGAAAAUCUCUGUUCUUACAAGAUUUCUGCAAACUUGUACAAACAGCUGAGACAGAUUUGUGAAGAUCACAUCAAAGCACAAAUUCAUCAGUUCAGAGAGGAUUCAUUGGAUAGUGUUCUUUUUCUAAAGAAGAUCGAUAGAUGCUGGCAAAACCAUUGCAGACAAAUGAUCAUGAUCAGGAGCAUUUUUUUGUUUCUGGAUAGAACUUACGUUCUUCAGAAUUCAAUGCUACCAUCCAUAUGGGACAUGGGGCUGGAGUUAUUUAGAGCUCAUAUUAUAAGUGACCAGAAAGUCCAGAAUAAGACAAUUGAUGGCAUUCUUCUCUUGAUUGAGAGAGAAAGAAAUGGUGAAGCUAUUGACAGAAGUUUACUCCGAAGUCUUUUAAGCAUGCUCUCUGAUUUGCAAAUUUAUCAGGAUUCUUUUGAACAACGAUUUUUGGAAGAAACUAACCGGCUCUAUGCAGCUGAAGGCCAAAAAUUAAUGCAGGAAAGAGAGGUUCCUGAAUAUCUUCAUCAUGUUAACAAACGUCUAGAAGAAGAAGCAGACAGACUUAUUACUUACUUAGAUCAGACCACCCAGAAGUCAUUAAUUGCUACUGUAGAAAAACAACUUCUAGGUGAACAUUUAACAGCAAUUCUUCAAAAAGGUUUAAAUAACCUCCUUGAUGAAAACCGAAUUCAAGAUUUAUCUCUCCUGUAUCAACUCUUCAGUAGAGUUCGAGGUGGCGUUCAGGUUCUGUUGCAGCAGUGGAUUGAAUACAUUAAGGCAUUUGGCAGCACUAUUGUAAUUAAUCCUGAAAAAGAUAAAACUAUGGUUCAGGAAUUGCUCGAUUUUAAAGAUAAGGUUGACCAUAUAAUUGAUAUCUGUUUUCUGAAGAAUGAAAAAUUUAUCAAUGCCAUGAAAGAAGCAUUUGAAACAUUCAUUAACAAAAGACCAAACAAACCUGCUGAACUUAUAGCUAAGUAUGUAGAUUCAAAGCUUCGCGCAGGCAACAAAGAAGCAACAGAUGAAGAACUUGAAAAAAUGUUAGAUAAAAUUAUGAUCAUUUUUAGAUUUAUCUAUGGCAAGGAUGUUUUUGAGGCCUUCUAUAAGAAAGAUUUAGCCAAGCGCCUGUUAGUUGGGAAGAGUGCAUCUGUAGAUGCUGAAAAAUCAAUGCUGUCCAAACUUAAACAUGAAUGUGGAGCUGCUUUCACCAGCAAACUUGAAGGAAUGUUUAAAGACAUGGAACUUUCUAAAGACAUCAUGAUUCAGUUCAAACAGGUCACCCCCUGCAAACAGGCAGUGGAACAAGUGAAAAACCGGAGACUUGGGCUUGCUGGUGGGUAUAUGCAGAACCAGAAUGUACCCGGGAAUAUUGAAUUAACUGUGAAUAUCCUGACAAUGGGUUAUUGGCCAACUUACGUGCCUAUGGAAGUCCAUUUACCACCAGAGAUGGUAAAACUUCAGGAAAUUUUCAAGACAUUUUACCUAGGCAAACAUAGUGGCAGGAAACUUCAAUGGCAGUCAACUCUAGGACACUGUGUACUAAAGGCAGAAUUUAAAGAGGGUAAAAAAGAACUCCAGGUCUCUCUCUUUCAAACACUGGUGCUGCUAAUGUUUAAUGAGGGAGAGGAGUUCAGUUUAGAAGAGAUCAAGCAGGCUACCGGAAUAGAGGAUGGAGAGCUGCGGAGGACACUGCAGUCAUUGGCCUGUGGCAAAGCUAGAGUUCUGGCGAAAAAUCCAAAAGGCAAAGAUAUCGAAGAUGGUGACAAGUUCAUUUGUAAUGAUGAUUUCAAACACAAACUCUUCAGGAUAAAGAUCAAUCAAAUUCAGAUGAAAGAAACGGUUGAGGAACAAGCAAGCACUACAGAGAGAGUAUUUCAAGAUAGACAGUAUCAAAUUGAUGCUGCAAUUGUUCGAAUUAUGAAGAUGAGAAAGACACUUAGCCACAAUCUCCUUGUUUCGGAAGUGUACAACCAGUUGAAAUUUCCAGUUAAGCCUGCUGAUCUUAAGAAGAGAAUAGAAUCAUUAAUUGACCGGGACUACAUGGAAAGAGAUAAGGAAAACCCAAAUCAGUACAACUACAUUGCAUAAAACGUUGGCCUUGCAGCAUUGAUGUAAUAAGCAGUAGCCAGUGGAUAAACUAACCUGUUGAUCCUAUAUUAUUUGACUUCUUUUAUACUACCGAUGACCAAAUGAAGCAGUGUAAUGGAAAUAGUUGAGUGGACUUUUUCAGUGGUUAACAUGCCCAUUUAAAGAGUAAUACUUACCUUUAAGAAGAAUGUUGUUGAACUCUUUGCAUGUUAUUUAGUAUGAUGUGCAGAAAACUCUUAAGAAAGUACCUGGUCUUCAUGAUUCCUCUUUGGAACUGGGGAAGAGGUCCCUAUGGCUGUUAAAAGAGGAGGGGGGAUUCUUAUACACCAUUAAUUAUGAAGCAAAAGGUUUAUUUGCUUAAAAUGUCAUUUAAAGAUACUUAAACUGCAUGCAGACUUUAUUUACUGUACAGAGUUCUGGAUGUAUUUAUCAAAUAGAAAAACCACCCUGGACUUGGUUGUACACUUGUUUUGUGAUUUCCCUUGAAAAGAAAAAUAAGUUGUCACAGCUAUUGAUAUUUUACUAAGUAAUGUUCUGUUACACUGAAAGGGAUGUUUUAAAAAAAAUUUAUUUGGAAACAAGUUUUCAAGUAGAGGGACAGUUGCUUACCUAAUCUCUUAUAUAUGCACAUCCUAAAAUUUUCCAUUUGUGACUCUGGGAUGUGUAUAUGGCUUAGCCCUCAGUUUACUGUGCUGAUUAACAGGUACUUAUAAAAAUAGCUGAAAUAGAAAAUUGGUGAUCAGUUGUACUAGAAGAACAUGGUAGGAGAGAAAAAUCCAACUUUCUUCAUAUUAAAAAUGAAUACAAUACGAACAUCGCAAAAGAGACCAAAACCCACAUAUUUGUAAAUUUUUACAGGAGCAAAAAUUCAUCAACUAGUUUUCAACUUCCUUUAAUGUUGUUUGCACAGUUUUGUCUUUAACUUGGACCAAUUAUAGAUUGUUACAGGCUUCCUAGGAUUUAGCAUUCCUGUUUUCUCUACCAAAGUUUAUUUUGGAAGCACCCCAACUCUUUGUUGGUGAAUGAGUCUUUCCUAUUCAGAUGUAAAAUUCCUUCCUCUUUUUCCCCACACACCCCCUAGUUUGGAAUUUCAAAUUCUGUUUCAUGCUGAUCUUACUCCUUUCAAAAUUGCUUGAAGAUAAGCAUUCUCAUAGCCACUGGACACCUACUUUUCAGGGGAAUGUCCUAGAAUUGUUCAUACAUAAAAAAUAGCAAAAGUAUUGUUCUUCAAAUUGAUAAUGUGAGUAAAAGGCUUCUCUUUACCAUCAGUAGUUUUUUGUUUUUGUGGGGUUCUUUGUUUUUUGGGUUUUUUUUUUUUUUUUGCUUCCUUGUUUGUUUUUCCUUGAAGCUUUGAAGGGAAUUGAUCUUGGAAGAGAAGCAGAAAAUUUUGUUUUUAUUUUGUUAAAAAUCAGAACAGCUUUAAUGCUUUUUGCAACAGUAUACUUCCUUGACUAUCUGGAGCCGUUAGAAUAAAUACCUAGGUCCUAACUGUCAACUGAGGAGACCUGCUCUUGUGUCUGCUGUUGAUUGUUUUCUUGAAUUCUCAAAGACCUGUGACCAGUCAUUAAAAAGAAGUUGCCUGUUUCUCAUUUAAUUGCAUCAACUUGCACAAUGUUGGUUAACAAUAUGUGGUAUUUAGAAUGCCUUCCGAAUUCUUUUUGAGUAGCCAUUGCCUUUAUUUUCUCAACUCCUCCUUGGUUUCCUUACAUGAGCUCAUCUGACAAGAAAAUGCAGCUAUCUUGUUCUCUCUCUACUGGACCAUCGACCUCAGUGUUCUAACUCACCCCUGAUGGUCUCUGAGAUAAGUAGACUAUAUUCCAUGAGACUUGAUAGUUACACUUAAGGAAUUUUUAGGUAGAAUUGGUCCUGUUAGGAGGAGACUCUUGGUGUCACCUUUGUUAUCUUGAAAGCUGGUCCCUUCCCUGAGGCUCUUAAUUUUUUGAAAACUUGAUGCUGUUUCAGCUGAAAACUUGGCAAGACUAUUAAAAAACAAGUUGAAGGGAGCUGUUUAAGAAAUUGAAAAGUCAUUGCAAACAAAAUCGGAUAAUUGUGACUUUCAGUUCUGUAUCAGUUGAAUUUUUGUGCUCUUUUCCCUGUGUACGUGGUGGUUCUAUUUUUCUCCAAUAAAACUUUUAUUUAAAAAAAGUUUGUAGAGAAGAUCUUUAAAAUACAAAUAUGUUAAGAAAGUUAUAAAACCAUAGAACUUAAAAUCUUCCUAAUUUAGUGAAUUCUCAUUUGUCAAUUUUGUUAUUUUUUAAAUUUCUCUUUUUAUUUUUGUGGUGGUUUGGUGAUAAUGCUAUAGGAAUGUGGAGGAGGGUAUGGAAAAGGGUGAGUAAAAUUCCCAGGAAUCCUCAAGGUGGGUAUUUAUUCUUAAAUGGCAUAUUUUAGAAAAAUCAAAUACAAGUAUGAACAUUGUUUCAUUCAAAUCCUCAAAGUCAAAUAGUUUCAUGAAGUCGGUAUGAAACUAGUCUAGAUUUAAGUUGAGGGGAGAAGGAGCAAUUAAAUGUACUCUUGUUUUAGUCAUGGCACUUGAUCCGCCUUGUCUGUUAAUGUGAGCUCUGGGCCAUAUGCUCUCAGAGUAAGAUGCUCCUUGAGAACCGUACCAAAUCAGAGAUCAAGAAGCUUUUUUGAACCCAGUUCCUGAGUCUGCUGAAUGGUCUUAACAUGUUGUCUAGCCAUACUCUUGAAAUUCUUAUCUUGUACGUGUGCAUAGAGUUCAGGAAAUCGGUUUAUUCUGUAUAUCUGUGUUUCAGGAUUUUUGGAAGUUUGUUUUUUAAUCUUAAUAUCCAUAUAUCUUUUUUACAUUAGCUGUUUUUUGUUUGUUUUAAUGACCAUUCUGUUUAAUGCUGUGAAUGGCAGGAGUGUUAUAAACAUGUUCUGUUCUCUCAUCUACAUAAAAUUGCCAAAACAAAUUGUUCAUUAAAAAGAAAAGAGUAGUACUAAUGGGAAUUUGCAUAAUUAUGCUUUAUAUGGUAUCCUUGCUAAUGCUUCGUUAAUCAAUAAUUUUCAGUUUCCAACAAAAAAUUUGAAUAAUGAACAGAUUUGUUCACCUGAAAACACUUGGUUCAAAUUUAACACUUUGUUCAUUUUUUUCCUUUUUCCUUGCUAUUAAAGAGUAUUUCUUUUUUUGAACAGGCACAUAACAUACUUUUAUAAUUAACAAUCCUUAGAAUUUGUCUAGCAUAGUAAAAAAAAUCGAACUUUUCUUUUGUAGAACCUUUUAUAUUUGAUGUAGAAUAUAAGAAUGUGCUGCAGAUGCAGAUUGCAACUUAAUAGUUUUGCAAGCUAUGAAAACAGAUUCUCCUAUCCUCUUAUUCUUAGAAUAAAAUCUUUUAAAACAUUUCUUUAAUGAAAAUUUUUUUGUUGUAAAAUACACAUAACAUAAAAUUAACCAUUUUAAAGUGUACAAUUCAGUGACAGUACAUUCACUAUUUUGUGCAACCUUCACCAUUCUUUAGUUCCAGAACAUUUUCAUCUCAAAAAGUUUUUAAUAUAAUUAAGUCCAAUAAAUCUACUUUUUCUUUUGUUGCUUUUGCUUUUGGUGUCAUAGCAAAGAAACAAGCUAAUGAUGAUAUACCCCUAUGUUUUCUUGUAAGAGUUCUAUUGUUUUAUUCCUUACAUUCCUCUCAUUUGAGUUAAAUUUUGUAUCUGGUAUCAGGUAAAGGUCCAACUUCAUUCCUUUGUAUAUGGAUAUCCAAUUGUCCCAGCACCAUUUGUUGAAGAGUCUGUUCUUUUCGCCAUUGAAUAGUCGUAUCAUCCUUGUUGAAAAUCAAUCGACCCUAGCUCUAUAGGUUUAUUUCUGGACUUUCAAUUCUAUUCCAUUGAUCUAUGUAUCAGUUGUUAUGUCAGUAAUACACUGUUUCGAUUACUAUAGCUUUUUAGUAAGUUUUGAAAUCGAAAAGUGUGAAUCCUCCACUUCUUUUUCAAGACUGUUUAGCUAUUCAGAUCCCUUGCUACUGCAUAUGAACUUUAGGAUCAGCUUUUCUAUUUCUGCAAAAAAGGCCAUUGAGAUUUUGAUAGGGGUUGCAUUAAAUACAGUGAUCACUUUGGGGCUAUUACCAUCUUAACAGUAUUAAAUCUUCUAGUCCAUGAAUACAUGAUGACUUCCCUUUUUAUUUAAACCAUUUGUUUUAGGUCUCUUAAAAAUUUUGUUCAGAAAUACAGUCAUGCAUCGCUUAACGAUGGGGAUACACUCUGAGAAAUGCGUUGUUAGGUGAUUUCUUCAUUCUGCGAACACCAUAGAUUUGUACUUACAUAAACCUAGAUGAUAUAGCCUACCGCACAGCUAGGUACUAAUGGUCCUAAUCUUAUGGGACCACCAUUGUUUAUGCGGUCCGUAGUUGACUGAAACGUCAUUAUUUGGCGCAUGACUGUAUUUUGUACUUUUCACUGUACAAGUCCUGCAUCUUCCUGGUUAAAUAUGUUCCUGUGUAUUUUUGUUCUUUUUGCUGCUGUUGUGAAUGGAAUUUUCUUAAUUUACUUUUCAGAUUGCUCAUUGCAAGUGUAUACAGUUUUUGAGUGUUGAUCUUGUACCCUGCAACUUUGCUGAAUUGGUUUAUUAGCUUUAAUAUAUUUUUGUAGAUUUUUAAGGAUUUCCUAUAUGUAACAUCUUUGUUGUCUACAAAUAUAGUUUUACUUCUUCCUUUCCAA